AACGAAUGCGUCAUCAAGCUGCGACGAGCAGGCGGCGUUUGGUUUCUGUUAGCUUUGUUAUUUAGAAACACAACCAUUUUCUUGUUUUGACAUAACCAAACUGCGAUUUAUUAGUGACAUCCACAUAGUCUGUCCACUAUGAGUGGGGGUUUAGCUCCAAGCAAAAGCACAGUUUAUGUAUCAAAUCUACCAUUCUCUCUGACAAACAGCGACCUGCACAAGUUAUUCACAAAGUAUGGAAAAGUCGUAAAGGUUACAAUAGUGAAGGAUAAAUUCACCCGACAGAGUAAAGGAGUGGCGUUUGUCCUUUUCUUGGACAGAGAAGCCGCUCACAAUUGUGCAAGAGCAGUGAACAACAAACAGUUGUUUGGCCGAACAGUUAAAGCCAGUAUCGCUGUGGACAACGGGCGAGCAGCAGAGUUUAUAAGGAGACGGAACUACACGGACAAGACCAGAUGUUACGAGUGUGGGGAAACGGGACAUCUGAGCUAUGCAUGUCCUAAAAACCUGCUUGGAGAGAGGGAACCACCAAAAAAGAAAGAAAAGAAGAAGAAGAAAAGGGCUCAACAACCUGAGCAUAUUGAGGAAGAGGAAGAAAGUGAAGAGGAAGGAGAAGACCCUGCCCUGGAUAGCUUAAGCCAAGCCAUAGCUUUUCAGCAAGCCCACAGGGAGGAAGAGGAGAAGAAAAAGAAAAGGCAAGCGGAAGAGGACAAUGUCUCGACAUCCUCAGACUCUAAGAAACCAAGGAUUAAAAAGAGUGCAUACUUCAGUGACGAGGAGGAACUGAGUGACUAAUACAUAGACUUUUAAACCGCAUACAUAUUUAUCAAAUUGUUUUCUGGUGAAGUUGAGUUUUAUGUUCUUCAAAUAUUUUCUUAAUAAAAUUAGCUUUGCUCA